CUCACACUAGCUCCUCCUCCUCCUCCUCCCCUGUGUUCGAGGAGCAGUGGAGGAGUGUCGGACCUGAGAGGAGAAGCAGCUCACAGUUUUUGCUUCAGUCUGUGUGAUAUAAAUUAAAUCAUGGGAGCCAACGACCUCAAAAUGAACCCUGACCCCGCGGAGUUUCGCCCCCCCGCCCGACGCCGGAGUCUCUUCUACAGCGUCAAGUUCUUCGUGUUUUGCCACAGUUUGCUGCAGUUGGCUCAGUUGUUGGUGUCGGGCUACAUGAAGAGCUCCAUCUCCACCAUCGAGAGACGCUACGGCUUCAACAGCCAGAAGUCAGGACUCCUGGCUUCUUUCAAUGAGGUGGGGAACACGAUCCUCAUCGUGUUCGUGAGUUUCUUGGGGAGUCGGGUCCACCGGCCGCGGUGCAUCGGCGGCGGCGCUCUGCUGGCGUGUCUCGCCUCGCUGAUCAUGUCGCUGCCGCACUUCCUGGGAGGGAUGUACGAGUACACAGACAGCAUUAACUCUUCCGGUGUUAACAGCUCCAGCCUCUGCCAAUCAGAGAGCCCCGUCUCCACCUCCUCGUCCAAUCAGAGCUGCAGCGGGCAGCAGGGCGGGGACCAGCAGGGGGUCUACCCUCUUCUCCUGAUGGGGCAGCUGCUGCUGGGCAUCGGAGCCGUGCCCAUCCAGCCCUUCGGCAUCUCGUACAUCGACGACCACGCCAGCAGGAAGAACUCCCCGCUGUACCUCGGCAUCCUGCUCGCUGUGACCUCCAUCGGCCCGGCGGUCGGCUUCAUCAGCGGCUCCUUGAUGCUGCGCUUUUAUGUCGACUUUGACAAGUUGUCCAAAGACCAGAUCCAGUUGCACCAUAAGGAUCUUCGCUGGGUCGGCGCCUGGUGGCUCGGCUUCCUCGUGGCGUCCGGCCUCCUCUUCCUCGCCGCGCUGCCGUACCUCUUCUUUCCCCGAAGCAUCCCCAAAGAGGACGAGGACGAGGACGUGGAGUCGACGCCGGACUGCAAGCAGCAGCUUCAGCAGACUGACUCGGAAACAUCUUUCCUCCAGUUCCUCAAAAGUUUCCCUCGUAUCGCCCUGCGGACGCUGCGCAGCCCCAUCUACCUGCUGGUGGUUCUGGCUCAGGUGAACCUGGCGGCGCUGCUGGCCGGCCUCGCCACCUUCAUGUCCAAAUUCAUCGAGAGACAGUUCACCCAGACCGUCUCCUUCUCCAUCAUGAUGAUAGGAGGAGUUUGCAUCCCGCUGGCGGUGCUGGGGACCGUGCUCGGCGGCGUCCUGAUGCGGAGGUUGAGUCUCUCGGUGGGCGGAGCCAGUAAACUCUGCACCGCGGCCAUCUUGCUCUGCAUCCUGUCCUCCACACCGCUGCUGUUCAUUGGCUGCUCAACUCAGAAGGUCGCCGAGGUCUUUCCUCAAGGCAGUGCUGUGUUGUCGUGCAGCGCCGGCUGUAGGUGUCCGGCGGAGGCCUUUAACCCGGUCUGCGGUUCUGACGGCGUUGAGUUCAGGUCCCCCUGCCACGCCGGCUGCAGCAACAUACAGAUUGACGCCAGCAACAAACCCACCAACUACACUGAGUGUGAGUGUGUCGGGGGUCUCGGCGUCGCCUCUCCGGGGACUUGUGGCAGUGGAUGCUCAAACCUCCUGCUCCCCUUCGUGGCUCUGUUGGGCGUCACCAGCUUCAUCGCCUCCUUCUCCCAGACGCCCUCCGUCAUGAUGAUCCUCAGGACGGUGCCUGCGGAGGACAAGUCGUUCGCAGUGGGGGUGCAGUACAUGCUGUUCAGAGUGCUCGCGUUCAUGCCCGGCCCGGUGUUGUACGGCAGCGUCAUCGACAGUACCUGCAUCUGGUGGGGCAGGAAGUGCAGCAAGAAGACUUCCUGUCAGUACUACGACCUGGACCGCUUCAGACAGAGGUUUCUGGGUCUGCAGGUGGUGUUUGUGUGCGGCGCGCUGCUCUGCUUCCUGCUGACCAUCGUGGUGCUGCGCCGGAGGGCCGGGCAGAUGGAGACGGAGGGUAAAGGAGUGAAGGGAGGGUAUGCGAUGGUGAGCGCUUCGUCUAAAGAGAAGGAGCUGGAGGGAAUCAAAACCUGAAGACACACAGCGAGAGGACGCAGGGAAAUAAAGACGCUGAACGAAGCAGAACAAGAGUUCAAAGAGAAUGCUAACGUGGAAGCUGCUACGCUAACAAAACUGCAGUUCAUGUAAAGGAUCUGUCGGCCUGUAUAAUCAGAGUCUCUCAUGUUGUAUUGUUUCACUAACGCUCACACUCCAGUGGAUGUACAUAAGCUGAUCAAUGUAUUGGGACAAAGACGAUGUAUUAACCUCUCCGCUCAUUGUACUCACUUUUCUGGGUUUUCAAGUUCAGCUUUUAGUUUAUUUUAACUUCUCUCAAGUUACUUCAGUCGGGCUCUUGGUGUUGAGGCGGUUGCACCAAACUUUUCUAAGCGACCCUAAAGAAAGCAGCGGAUCUCCUUUCAAAUCUUCUUGUUCUGUGCAUGGUCCGGCGCUCUCACUGGAGGCACGGUCAUUCAGCCAGACCCUCAAAUGUCCUGCGUCUCAGUGGUGGAUGCUAACCGCUGUUAUAGCAUCACUGUGAAGCUAGCCAUGCUAACCCUGCAGAGUGGAUCUCAUUCUGGAGUACUUACACAAUGACUUGCUUCUGAAAGCUCCGAAAAAGAUGCCGCAUAUUUUUUUAAACAGUCAAUGUUUCUGUAAAUAUUUCUUUGUUUAUAUACAAAAUGGAACGUCAUACAGCUAUUUUUUUACAUGGCUGGUGUGCAGGCGACUCGGUUCAGAAAGCUAUCUUGUUUACACAAAAUAAAUGUGAUAAACAUGUAAACAUUAACCCUCUGUCUGUGAAAGAAUACACAUGUGGAAGCACUCAAUCUGUUCUGGACAGGGAACUGGUUAGAAAUGAUAUUGGUGUGAUUCUUCAACUGUCCUUAUUUUAGUCAAAAACUUUUAUUUUUUUAUUUUUUUCAUUGGACAUUAAAUCCUGCAUAGAUUUUAGUUUAAUCAUUUUAUAAAUAUAUAAUAAUUGUACAUUUCUCAGAGUGUAUGGUGAUCGUUGAAGAGUCACGUUUUUUAUUGACAUGUCUGGUUUUAAUCUGCUCCACUUCUAAACUCUGAAAUUCACUUUCAAAGCUAUUUUUUUAUUAAUCUAAAGCUGUGAAACAUGUUGUCUGAGGAAUCUUUAAUAAACUUAAAAAAUGGA